UACAUAGGGAGAAAAAAGACUUUUCUCUUUUUCUUAUGGAAGUUCAACUGCGUAAUUAUGUAAAUGGAGAAUGUCUGCAUUAUGGGUAAGGUAUACGAUUGGUUUGAAGAACGUUUGGAAAUUCAGGCAAUUGCUGAUGACGUUACCGACAAAUAUGUUCCACCUCAUGUCAAUAUUUUCUAUUGCUUAGGAGGAAUUACUUUUACCUGUUUUAUCAUUCAAGUAGCGACAGGCUUUGCUAUGACCUUUUACUAUCGUCCUACUGUAACCGAGGCUUUUGCUUCUGUUCAAUACAUUAUGACCGAAGUUAACUUUGGUUGGUUAGUUCGAUCAGUACACAGAUGGUCUGCUAGUAUGAUGGUAAUGACUAUGAUUUUACACAUAUUCCGUGUGUAUUUAACUGGAGGCUUCAAAAAACCUCGUGAACUUACUUGGGUUACAGGAGUUCUUUUAGCAGUAUUAACUGUUUCUUUUGGUGUAACUGGUUACUCUUUACCUUGGGAUCAAGUUGGGUAUUGGGCUGUAAAGAUCGUUACAGGAGUACCUGACGCUAUUCCGGUAAUUGGAGCACCUUUAGUUGAAUUACUGCGUGGAAGUGUAAGCGUAGGACAAUCUACAUUAACUCGUUUUUACAGCUUGCAUACAUUUGUAUUACCACUUCUAACAGCUGUCGUUAUGUUAAUGCAUUUCCUGAUGAUUAGGAAACAAGGUAUUUCUGGUCCACUAUAAACAAGUAUAUGGAGUUGCCAUAUAUAAUGUAUUAAGAAAAGAUUCUGAUAUUUUUUCUAGACAUUACAUUCGAGGGGCGCAUUGCCAUGAAGCAAGUAUUUAAUAUACCUAUAUCAUGGAUUAGUUUGCUGUAUCGUUCUGAACAGUUUACUUGUUUAUAGUAUCGACACAGUUUUUUUACAUAAAAAGGAGUUUAGAUUAUGGGAGUCAUCAAGAAACCUGAUUUGACUGAUCCUGUACUACGAGCAAAACUAGCGAAAGGUAUGGGACAUCACUACUAUGGAGAACCAGCUUGGCCUAAUGAUUUAUUAUAUAUGUUCCCAGUAUGUAUUCUUGGAACAAUUGCUUGCAAUGUUGGACUAGCAGUUUUAGAACCUUCUAUGAUGGGAGAACCUGCUAAUCCUUUUGCUACUCCUCUAGAAAUUUUACCUGAAUGGUAUUUUUUCCCUGUAUUCCAAAUCCUACGUACAGUUCCUAAUAAAUUAUUAGGAGUUUUGUUAAUGGCUGCUGUGCCUGCAGGCCUUUUAACUGUUCCUUUCUUAGAAAAUGUAAAUAAAUUUCAAAAUCCAUUCCGUCGUCCAGUAGCUAGCACUGUAUUUCUUAUUGGAACUGUUGUAGCUGUUUGGUUAGGUAUUGGAGCAGCUUUACCUAUUGAUCAAUCUCUAACCUUAGGACUUUUCUAAGGAUUUUUUUUUGAUUUUUUUUACAGACUGGUGAUCAACACCUCAGUUUGUAAAUUAGACUACACAAAAAAGAAAAAGACAACCA